CAACUGCCAAGCCAAUCCAUAAUCCACGAAAACAAGACAGCGGAAUGAGAAUGAGAAAGCGAAAACGACGUAGUUUUGUGGAUGUUCCCCAUUCAUAGUGUUGCGAAGAAUCUUGUCGAGAACGUCGACGGCGCCGCGGUCAAUACGACGUUGAUCCGAUUCAACUCAUAUUGGACCACAAUUCGUAUUCUCCAGCAGGCCGGUGAUGGCAUCUUCUGAUUUAUGGAUAAAGGAAUAUAAUGAAGCCUCUAAGCUUGGCGAUGAUAUCAAUGGCAUGAUUUCUGAAAGGAGCUCCCUUCCUGCAACUGGACCAGAAGCCCAGCGUCAUGCCUCUGCCAUUCGGAGGAAGAUCACUAUUUUGGGGACUAAUGUGAUGUUGGAUAUCCCGCAAUGGAGGUUUGAAAAAGAGAUAAAUCGGCGUAAAGACAUGGUUGCAGAAAUUAGAUCAAAAGUAAACCAGAUGGCUUCAAUAUUGAAGAUGUCAAACUUUGCUAACCGCGACAGUUUGCUUGGCCCAGAUAUGAAAUCGGGGGAUGUGAUGACCAAAACAGUUGGACUGGACAAUCAAGGACUUGUUGGUUUUCAAAGACAAAUCAUGAAGGAGCAAGAUGAAGGUCUUGAAAAGCUGGAGGAGACUAUUACAAGUACAAAACAUAUUGCAUUUGCAGUUAAUCAAGAGCUUGAUCUUCAUACUCGCCUAAUAGAUGACCUAGACCAACACGUAGAUGUUACUGACUCGAGAUUAGCGAGGGUGCAGAAGAGACUGGCAGUGUUGAACAAGCGAACCAAGGGGAGCUGCUCCUGCAUGGGCAUGCUUGUGUCUGUGGUUGGUAUUGUGGUUCUCAUUGCUGUCGUAUGGCUGCUCAUUCAAUACUUGUAAAUUAAACAUAACAUAACCAUGUGGAUAUAAGAUUUUUCAUUUCAUGAUUAAUAUCGAAAUUGUCAACUUAUAUUACGAA